AUGCGUCUGGAUACCCUCACUCGAGCUAUCUCGCCGCCGCCCACUCGAAGGGUGAGAACAACGGACGAUGAUGAGGAUAAGCCAAGUAUUGCUGCCAUCGAAGCAGGAAAGGCCAGGAUCGGAGAUCACCUAUCGUACUUUGUGACAAGACUCUCUGCUGUGGCACGUCCGAGUAUAGAUUGUCCGCGAAUUGGUCUUCAUGACUUCGAAGAUCUGUACACGCGCAAUCAGCAUCAACAUGGUAAUCAUUUCGUAGUGCACCAACACGAUCAUCCAAUUGCUGGUGUACAUUACGAUCUGAGAAUCCAAUUCUCAGAGACCAGCACGAUAUCGUUCGCCAUUCCGUAUGGUCUGCCUGGAAACCCGAACAGCAUCCGUCCAAAUCGAAUCGGUAUAGAGACAAGAGUGCACAACCUUUGGAAUAAUUUGAYAGAAUCAGCAUCACAUGCCACUGGCAGCCUGCUCAUAUGGGAUACUGGAGAAUAUGAGGUACUACAACGUCCGGUAAAAAAGCAACCAAYAACCGAUGAUGAAAUGUCUGAGGAAGAAGUCCACCCUUCAACAGAAUCUCAAAGCGAGAGGUUGUUCGCGGCUUUCCAGAGCCGACACAUACGUCUUCGUUUGCACGGCACACGUUUACCUUCAAACUAUACAGUCGUUUUGAGACUCCCAUCACAUGACGAUCGGAGCUCACAACCUCGAAAGCCAAAGCGAAAACGACGGCGCAUCAUAAAGUCCGACAAGCUACUGGCGAGUGGCAGCGAUUCGGAGAGUGUGAACUUAGUCCAUGAGAAUGCUGAAGAAAACGAGAAGGAGAACAUUGAGGCUGCGAUGGCCUCCGAGGAUGAAGAAGAGGUGAUGCGUAUUAACAAUGCAUAUCCCGGUUCUUUCAACACUAUAGGGUCCGUUCAUCAGCGACACUGGUUCAUCACUCUGGACCGUACACUUUCUGGCUUCCGCAAGGAGAAUGGAGCGUCACGAUGGACCGGAGAUUGGGAGGCUUUCCAUGUCCUGGGCCGCGAACACGAGCGCAGCAUUGUCACGGGUAGGCUCGCCGAUGAAGUCAUGGCCGAUGAUGGAGUUGUAAAAUUCGUGGGUCGCAAGAUGUGGAGGCCCAUAAUUGAGUAA